ACGAACGUGUCCUUGCGCAAUUAUAGGUGAGAGUGAAUUUCUCUAGCUUAAAUUUUUUAACUUUGUGUAGAAAAGAAGAAUCACAAAGCAACUUACUUUAAAUAUUUAGGGGGAGGAGAUUAUUUUUGGUAUUUCAAAUGUUUUGUAGAUGAGAACGCGAGAGGUAGGCGGACGAAUCCCGAAGACGGUGACGAGGUUGCUGCAGCAACUCAAAAUGGCGGCGACAGGAAAUUUUAAGCGACGUUGUUAGAGAACGUCAAAAAAUUUUUUAUUAAAAGAAAAAAAAAAACCAGAAGAGUUGGGAAAGCUAUCAUCAAAGCCACUAUGGAAACUGGCUCUGAGGACUUCGCGCCCCCGCCCGAAUGCCCCGUCUUCGAGCCGAGCUGGGCUGAAUUCCAGGACCCGCUGGGCUACAUCGCCAAGAUCCGGCCCAUCGCCGAGAAGUCCGGGAUCUGCAAGAUCCGGCCGCCAGCGGACUGGCAGCCACCUUUUGCUGUGGAAGUAGACAACUUCAGAUUCACUCCAAGAAUCCAAAGAUUGAAUGAAUUAGAGGCCCAGACUAGAGUGAAGCUCAACUACUUGGACCAGAUUGCUAAGUUUUGGGAGAUACAGGGCUCUUCCUUGAAGAUCCCAAAUGUGGAGCGGCAUAUCCUGGAUCUCUACAGCCUCAGCAAAAUUGUGGUGGAAGAGGGAGGCUAUGAGGCCAUCAGCAAAGAUCGUCGUUGGGCUCGUGUAGCCCAACGCCUCAAUUACCCAGCUGGCAAAAACAUUGGUUCCCUAUUGCGUUCUCAUUAUGAGCGAAUUAUCUACCCAUAUGAGAUGUACCAGUCUGGAGCCAACCUAGUGCAGUGUAAUACACGUCCAUUUGACAGUGAGAAGGACAAGGAAUACAAACCCCACAGCAUCCCUCUGCGUCAGUCUGUGCAGCCCUCUAAAUUCAAUACUUAUGGUCGACGUGCUAAAAGGCUACAACCUGAUCCAGAACCUACUGAGGAAGAUAUUGAGAAGAACCCAGAACUGAAGAAAUUGCAGAUUUAUGGAGCUGGCCCGAAAAUGAUGGGCCUUGGUCUAAUGGCAAAAGAAAAAAGUCUUAGGAAGAAGGCUUCUCAGGAUAAAGAUGGACCCGAAUGUCCUCCCACAGUGGUGGUGAAAGAGGAAUCAAGCGUAGAUCUGAAGAUAGAGACAUCCUUCCCCAAAACUUUUGACGGAAAGGAGGAGCUGAUUCAUAAUCUGGAGCCCUGUACCAAAAUGACAAUGCGCCUUCGGAGGAACCACAGUAAUGCCCAGUUUAUUGACUCAUAUGUGUGUCGGAUAUGUACCCGGGGGGAUGAAGAUGACAAACUUCUGCUAUGUGAUGGCUGUGAUGACAAUUACCACAUUUUCUGCUUGUUGCCACCUCUUCCUGAAAUCCCUAAAGGGAGUUGGCGUUGUCCAAAGUGUGUCAUGGCGGAGUGUAAGCGACCUCCAGAAGCAUUUGGCUUUGAACAGGCCACAAGGGAAUAUACACUUCAAAGCUUUGGCGAGAUGGCUGACACUUUCAAGUCUGAUUACUUCAAUAUGCCUGUACAUAUGGUACCCACAGAGUUGGUAGAGAAGGAGUUCUGGCGGCUUGUGAAUAGCAUUGAGGAGGAUGUGACUGUGGAGUAUGGAGCUGACAUCCAUUCCAAGGAAUUUGGAAGUGGUUUCCCCAUCAAUGAUAGCAAGAGGCAUUUAUCCCAUGAGGAAGAGGAGUAUGCAGCUAGUGGCUGGAACCUGAAUGUAAUGCCUGUUCUUGAGCAGUCAGUCCUAUGUCACAUCAAUGCUGACAUUUCUGGCAUGAAGGUUCCUUGGCUAUAUGUGGGCAUGGUCUUUUCUGCUUUUUGCUGGCACAUUGAGGACCAUUGGAGCUACUCUAUCAAUUAUCUUCACUGGGGUGAACCAAAGACAUGGUAUGGAGUACCCUCAUUUGCAGCUGAACACUUGGAAGAAGUGAUGAAGAAGUUAACACCUGAGUUAUUUGACAGCCAACCUGAUCUCCUUCAUCAGUUGGUUACUCUUAUGAAUCCCAAUACCCUCAUGUUACAUGGAGUGCCGGUUGUCCGAACAAACCAGUGUGCAGGAGAAUUUGUCAUUACCUUUCCCCGUGCUUACCAUAGUGGCUUCAACCAAGGCUACAACUUUGCUGAAGCUGUGAAUUUCUGCACUGCCGAUUGGCUACCUGCAGGACGUCAGUGCAUUGAACACUACAGGCGACUUCGGCGUUACUGUGUCUUUUCUCAUGAGGAGCUCAUUUGUAAGAUGGCUGCUUCCCCUGAAAAACUGGACUUGAAUUUGGCAGCAGCAGUACAUAAGGAGAUGUUUAUUAUGGUGCAAGAGGAACGACAGCUACGGAAGGCCUUACUUGAGAAGGGCAUCACAGAGGCAGAGCGUGAAGCCUUUGAGCUGCUCCCAGAUGAUGAGCGCCAGUGUGCCAAAUGUAAGACAACAUGUUUUCUGUCAGCGUUGGCUUGUUAUGACUGCCCUGAUGGUCUUGUUUGCCUCUCCCACAUUGAUGACCUCUGCAAGUGCCCUCGAAGCAAACAGUAUUUACGGUACCGAUAUACCCUGGAUGAACUUCCUGCUAUGUUGCAUAAAUUGAAAAUUCGGGCUGAAUCCUUUGAUACUUGGGCUAGCAAAGUUCGAGUGGCCCUAGAGCUAGAGGAUGGGCGGAAGCGCAGUCUUGAAGAGCUAAGAGCAUUGGAGUCAGAGGCUCGAGAGCGUCACUUUCCCCAAAGUGAGCUUCUUCAGCGGCUGAAGAAUUGCCUGAGCCAAGCUGAGAAAUGCAUUUCCCAAGCCUUGGGCUUGGUCAGCAUUCAGGAACACGGGGUAGAUUCUCCUCAGCUAACCCUAGAAGAGUUACAGGCUUUCAUUGAGCAGAUGAGCAACUUGCCCUGUGCUAUGCAUCAGAUUGGAGAUGUCAAAGAUAUCCUAGAAAGAGCAAAGGCCUUCCAGGUUGAGGCACAGGAAGCUCUGACUACAUUACCUGCCAGCUUGUCCCUCUUUCCAGACCUACUAGAGAGGAGUCAGCAGCUGGGAAUAGAGGUUCCUGAGGCCAAGCACCUGAGGCAACAAAUGCAACAAGGUUACUGGCUGGAGGAAGUGAGGCGAACUCUAGUUCCCCCUGCUCAGCGAGGCACAUUAGCAGUUAUGAGGAGACUGCUGGCUUUGGGUGCUAGUGUAGCACCCAGCCCUGCUGUAGACAGGGCUCGAGCUGAGCUUCAGGAGCUACUUACCAUUGCUGAACGCUGGGAAGAAAAGGCCCAUCUCUGUUUAGAAGCUAGGCAAAAACAUCCUCCUGCCAUGUUGGAGGCCAUCAUUCAUGAGGCAGAAAAUAUUCCUGUACACCUACCCAACAUCCUGGCACUCAAAGAUGCCCUUUCCAAGGCUCGGGCAUGGAUUGCGGAUGUAGAUGAAAUCCAGAACGGUGAUCACUACCCUUGCCUGGAUGACUUGGAGGGCUUAGUGGCUGUGGGCCGAGAUCUACCUGUUGGGCUAGAAGAAUUGAAACAGCUGGAGCUACAGGUGCUUACAGCCCACUCCUGGCGAGAAAAAGCUUCCAAAACCUUCCUGAAAAAGAAUUCCUGCUACUCUCUUCUUGAGGUGCUGUGUCCAUGUACAGAUGCUGGCUCAGAUACCAUAAAGCGGAAGCGGUGGAAGGAAAAAGAACUGGGGCUUUAUAAGUCAGACACGGAACUUUUGGGGCUGUCUGCACAGGACCUUAGGGAUCCAGGUUCAGUGAUCUUGGCCUUCAAGGAGGGUGAAUUGAAGGAAAAAGAAGGCAUCCUUCAUCUUCGUCAUGCCAACAUGACCAAGCCUUGCCCAACAGCACUUCUAUCUGGUGAUGUCGCCUCUUCAUACUGUUUGUGUGGACGAGCACCAGUGGGGGAGGGGACUAUACAGUGUGACCUAUGCCAGGAUUGGUUCCAUGGGAGAUGUGUAUCAGCCCCUCGACCCAGUGGACCUCGACCACUGAGUCCUAUCUCUCCUGUUCCACUGGCAUGGUGGGAGUGGGAUACCAAAUUCUUGUGUCCACUUUGCAUGCGCUCUCGUCGCCCCCGUCUAGAGACUAUUUUGGCCCUUCUGGUGGCCUUGCAGAAGUUGCCUGUGCGGCUACCUGAAGGUGAAGCUCUGCAGUGCCUCACAGAGCGAGCUAUUGGCUGGCAGGGUCGGGCACGCCAGGUCUUGGCUUCCCAUGAUGUGGCAGUGUUGCUGGCUCGUUUGGCUGAAUUACGACAAUGGCUUCAGCAGCCAACUGGACCUCCACCUGGGGCUACUUGUGCCCAACUCUUUACCCCAGCUCCAGCUCCACUGAGAGAGAGCAGCAGCAAUGAAUUGAAGGCAUUUUUGGAAAAUGGAGAUGGCACCACAAAGUUCAAGAAGCCUGGUCCGGGGGGGUUUUCAGACCUAGAUAUGCUCUUAUCACUGCUGCCACAGCUGAAAGGUCCAGUUCUAGAGCUGCCUGAGGCAGCACGGGCUCCGUUGGAAGAGCUGAUGAUAGAGGGUGACCUGCUUGAGGUGACACUGGAUGAGAACCAUAGCAUCUGGCAGUUGUUGCAGGCUGGCCGUCCUCCGGAUUUGACACGGCUCCGCACGCUGCUUGAGCUGGAGAAGGCAGAACAGGGUGGAACCCGGAUCCGGGGCCGAGCCCUGGAAAAAAGGCAUCGUCAGAAGAUAGAGAAGAGUGGUGAACUCAAGGAUGCAUCCAGGGAGCAGCUGGAGCCAAAAAGACCCCGAGCCAGGGUGGCAGUAGAUGAAGAUAACAUGAAACAUGAGGAUGAUAAUCCUAGUGAUGUUGCUGUCUCUGCAGUUAGACUGACCAAGGAAAGUGGUAGUCUUAGUCAAAGUCAAAAUAGUUUAGAGAUGAGACCAGGGAGUUGGGGAAGGAAGUCAUCUACCUGUCCCUCUGGCAUCUGCCUUCUGCCCACUUCCUCUUGUCUCUCUCUCUGUUCUUCAAAGCAGGAUUUUUGACAAUUUGGAACCAGAUGAUAAAAAUGGUGAAUAAGGAAGGUUUACACUACCUGGGGACCAUCCUCCAUCUCUUCAUUUAUUUCUUUGGUCCCGUGGUCCACCUAACAGUUAACAAUGUUUGAACUUCAAUGCCUUGGCAUACUCCUGAGGUCCCUGAGAUGGGAGGCUUUUCAGUAUUUUUGUGUGUGUGCUUCUCUCUUUCUUACUGUUCCAAGGAUGUGGAGAGGAAAUUUCUAAAAGAGAAUACUAGAUUGGACCAGGGGCUAUGUAAAAUUUUUAAGUGUUUUUCUAUAGGGCUCAUAAUAGGUGAGACUUUAAUUUGCCUCCCUAUCUUUUUACCUUUUAUAGUCUAUUCUCUCCCCCUAAUGCUAUCUUUACUUCUGUCUAUCCAUUUUUAAAAAAUUUCUGCCAUCCACCCAGGGAAAAGGAACCUCCUGUGUUCCAUAACUUUUAGUUUUAAAAACUUAGAGAUUUAUUAAAAAAUUCUCUUUAGUGAUGAAUCAGCCAUUUCAGCUUAUCUCCUGCUCUUUUCAUCUCCCACUUUUUUCUCUUUCUCUCUUUGUCUCCCUAUCUCUGUCUCUCUGUACUUUUCUCUCUCCUGCUUAUUCAUAUCUUGCAAAAGUGAAAAAUUCUCAUUGUUGGAAUGUGAUUAACUUGUUCAAAAAAACCCAUAGGAAACCCUUUAUUCUUGAAUUUGUUUAUUUUUAAUUUAAUUUUUAUUAUUUUCCUCCUGUUAGAAAUAAAAAAAAAAGGGUUUUUUUGGAUGUGUUUUUAUUUGUUUGUUGAUACCACUUUAAUGGUUCUCUGGUUGUCAGAUUAUAAUUAAGAGUAGAUUGUAGAGAACAGGAUCUCACUGAGAUUUAGAAAACUUCAAUUUUUGCCUAGCUCUGCCACUGACUCAGUUUUACCAUUUAUAAUCCAUCCUUAUCCUCUAGGUCCCAAUUUUCCUGAAUUUUUAAAAUAAAGGAGUUUAGAUUUACAGAAAGACCCAGAAAAUUCUAGCUGGUUGUAUCUUUUUAAAGGUUUCCUAUCCUGGGUAUCUUAAAGUUGACUUCCUUUCCCCAAAAGUUGCUUAUUCCAUGGUUACAUGUUUCACGAUUUUUUCCCACCCCUCUUCUGUCAUCCCUCCCAGAGCUGACAAGUAGU